UGGAAAUUCACGCUUACUGUCAGCAGUCAGUCAAUUUUUGUGUUAAUUCGACACAGUAUAAUUCUUUGUAUUAUUUUUGUUGUAUUCAGCUUAUUUGCUCCCGUUGCAAUGCGUUUAACAAGAAACAUUAAAGUACCUCCUUCUUCACGUUGAAUGAAAAGGAGUUGCAUUUUGGGAUAUGUAGGCGAAUUUUCCGGCGUAAAUACGGAUGCUCGCAGUAUGGACGCCAGCGUCAACAUGACAUUAGCUUUAUGUUUUAAAUUUAAGUGUUUUUCGUGUUUAUAAAGGUGUGGGCCGUGUCCGUGUUUGUUAAGAUGUUUGAGUCAGACAACGAUCCUGAAAAGUGGCCGUUAUUUUUCGAACGUACGAGUUAUUAACGUUAGGUACAAGGGAACUGCCGUUUGCACGUUUUUAAACAUGCCAAUAAUGACUGUCAUUGACCAACGUUCACCUUCAACUUGGAUCCAUCAAACUGUUUUACUCUCUACUAGAGGCAGCAUUACUUGGGUCCUAUAUCUGUAGACUCAGGUGGGUACACUACCGUGAUGUAGAAAAGAGUUGACACAUUAUUCUUGCUGUAUUCCUCUUUCCUCUUCAUACUGAGAUCAGAUUAAACAUAGUCUGGGAUGGUAAAACUGCUAAGCAAUGCUACAUAUUCUACAAAGAUCAUUUUAUUGUGGUGUCUAUGAGCUUCAACAUCAAGUCAAAAACCUAGCAUAAAAGUUCACCAUUUUAGCUUAGAGGACUAAUAAAGUCAUCAUCGUAGUUCUGGGGUAAGUUGAGUCUGUUGCUCAACUGAGAAAGUAAAGGAGUCUGAUGAGAGGAUCAGAGUCUCAGUUCAGAUUGUUGAAAUGUGUUACUUUUUCUUUUCAGAAAUACAGCUGUGAAUGUUCCGAAUCACUUAAAGACAUUCUCAUGUUAAAAUGGCUUUUUACAAAACAGCUUUUUAGCAGUUAUACAUAAUAAUAAUAAUAAUAAAAAGAGUUAUUGUACCAGUUGAAUAGUGUAUAAUAGAUAAAAAUACACAUGAAUGUGAAGAAGUGACUGUUAUUUAGGGAGAGAGAAAGUGAGGGAGAAGGUGAGGGAGGGCUGGGGUGGAGAGUUGGGGUGUAGUAGCGAUACGUCUCAACUUACCCUGCUCCUAUGGUCAACUUACCCCAUACACGGGGUAAGUUUUUGGCAUGCUCUAUUAUCAAGACAGUUAUGUUUACACUAAUUCUGUUGGUUUACAGGGAUGCACAACAUCUUGAAAUAUAUGCAGAUACACUCGUUAGAGACAAAACUAUGAUUGCCUUGAUGUAGUGAUCCGAAAUAUGAAAAAUGGUUCAUCUUACCCCACUUUCCUCUUUUGGGUAAAAUAAAAUGACCCACAGUUUUUGGAAAUGUUUUUGAAUGUUAGGGGGGAAAACUGCUAAUUGGUGUAUCAUAUACUCUUUUUUUUUACAACUAAUAAGCGUAAAAUACAACAGUGUUUGUUUUUUUUUGACACAAUCCAAAACCAUUGAACGAAGUGUUACAAUAUAUACAUCAUAUCCUUGUUUAGCUGCAGUGCUUUCUUGUGUGUAGUUUUCAGGUUCAGCUGAAAUCCACAUUUUUUGUUUUGAUUUUAGCUCAGAAGUCCACAGACCUUUUGCUCACACCACAAAAACUGAAAUAAAAGUACCUUGAGAUGGACAGUCAUGAUAAGAAAGGGGCAUAAAUAUUUACACUCUUUUUCCAAUCAACAAAGAAUUGAUAGCAUAAUCAAGAUGGGAUGUAUGUAGUUUUGGUUUCUUAUAAUCUUAAGCAUGAAAAAUGUUUUCUACUGUCGAGCUAUGGCUUUAUUCUUGCUACAUGAUGACUGUGAAAUUGACUUACUCUUGUUUUUAAUUAGUUUCCUUCCUUUUUGAUUAUUUGCAGAACACCCAGAGUUUAUCUUGAAGACUCAAGCAAAGAUAAAGAAUAUCUGGAUUUCACAUUCAUUUUGGGAAUGCACUGAAUUUGUCAAAACAUCAAGCUUGAUGUCACUCUACAAAAGCCAAUAUAUUAAAGCCUCCCACCACAUCUGGAGUUUUACUUUUUGGCACCUGACAACCCUCUGUUCAUCCUUUGGCAAUGCUUACCCAACACCUCUCUGCAUAAAAGACUGAUUAUUAGUGUUGAUGCAAGAGCAAGGAGUCCUUCGGUAAUGUGUGGAACCUGAACAGACAUGAGCGUCACGUCAAGAAGCCCCUUUGUUGGUUUCUGCUUUCAGAAAUCACAACUGGGGAGACUUUUGUAAUGAGUCGAAUGCACAGCAAAGCACAGAAUCAGCAGUGCAAGACUCAAAGAUGAGGCCCAGACGAAGACUGGAGAUGAAGCCAGAGACAUCUGAAAACAGUGUGGAGUAUACAGUGGGUGAAGAUGAUGUUUAUUUGGACACUAGUUGUGAGAGGGGAGAUGAUUCAACAAGCUCCGAAUCGGACAAUGAGGAGAGGCCCUUCAAACCUGCAGGUCCGAUUCCAGAUAACGCAGAAUCAGAUGGUGGCUCAAGCUCAACAGAUGAUUCCAGUGAUUCCUCGCAUCAUCCAAAAUCUAAAACCACACCUGCUGUCAUCCCUGCAAAUAAAAACUCAGUAUGUGAAACCUGUGGUAGAGGUCCCUUUAGAUCACUCAAGCUCCAUUUACUGCACUGUCGCAGUGGCAGUGGUGUAAGAGUGAAAGACAAAUGUUUUCUUUGCAAAGAGCUCUUUUCCACUGAGACAUUGCUGAAUGAACAUUACAUGUCUUUGUAUUCUUGUGACAGCUGUGGACAGGUUUUCUCCAAUGAGGUCAUGUACUGUCAGCACCCAUGUUCCAGAAAGAGCAAAUCCUCUUUGGCUCUCUUUUGUCCUGAGUCAAUGCCCCAUGUGUGUAGAGUCUGCAAAUUGUUUUUCACUUCUGAGAAAACUUUACUAAACCAUGUCACUAAGGUCCACGCAUCAUUGGUAAGCACCAAAGUGUGCAUCAUUACCAACCCAUCGGUGCUUACAGAUAAACACGGUAAUCCAGAAGAUCAUGUAGCUACGAGUAUUCCAAAUGUGUUCAAUCAGGCUGUAAAUGGAAAGCUCCAUGAUGGCCAAACCAGUCCCUCUUCUUUCUUGACCUCCUCCCUUCCAGGCCAACCACCUGCUCCAACAUGCACAGGGUCUCCUACUAUUCCUCUCAGAAUGGAGAAAGACAGUACCACAGAGCUCCCACUGGGAGAAACUCCAGCUUCUCUACCUUCUGACCCUGACUCGCAGCAAAUGCCAACCAUCUUAGCCAUGUUUGAAAAUGGAAGUCAUAACGUGGCCCUGAUGAAACGUAUGAAUACAGGCUGGCGCUCCAAACCUCCCCACCCCUGCAGGCAGUGUGGUGCCAUCUUCCGACAGCCUUCCCUCCUCAUUCGCCACCGCUAUCUACAUCGGGGUCAUCGCUCAUACCAGUGCCAGUGCGGCCGAGCCUUCAAGCAUCAGCUGUAUCUCCUGCGACACUGUGUAGAGCAUGCAGAGAACAUGAGCUACAUCUGUACCAGCUGCGGGGGGACAUUCACAGGGGCAUCUGUGUUGGCUAAACACUUAAAGGGGAAGACCUUGAAAAAUUCCUAUUCUGGACGUUUGAGGAAUCAUAAAGUAAAACAGAAAUGCAGAAUGCCCUUUACAUGUGACUGUGGACAGCUCUUUAUUCGACCUUCAGCUUACAUAUGGCAUCAGCUCAAAAAUGGAUCAAAAACUAAAAGUGUGAAGAAAUGCUCGAAACGAUGAGGUACCGUCUUCAUUUCUGAAUUUAUUGUUUUUUAAUAGUCCUCCCCCAUUGUGUGUACAACACUCUUAAAUCAAGGGUCAAACCAAAGGGAUCAUAAGCACUUUUUGUAACACCAAGUGACAAAAAAACAACCUAACACAUUCGUUUUGUAAUGGCUUUUAUUAAAGGCACGUCCAGGCUGGUUGCUGAAUUAUUUGUAAAGAUGUACAAAUGAUACACAGCAAACAAGGUUAAAACAAGUUCUUCUUAUAUAAAAUAUAAUCCGUUAAAAGCUCCAGUUUAUCCUCUAAAGGAGAGUGAGUCCAGUUUUCCACACUUUAGCUUUCUCACAAAGUGCUUUUUUGACACUGCAGGUUGUUUGGGAGUUUCAGAGUUUGCUCAUUUUCUUCUUUUUUACAUAUAUAUUUGGCUUCACCAAAGUUUAUACAAAUGUUUUGCUCCUGAAAAGAUUUGUAAUUCAGGUUAAAUUUUGCCAACAUUUUGUGGUUCUGUUUUAACUCGAAGUUUGAACUGUGCUCAGUUUUGUGUGGUCUGCACGAUUUAUGUCCACUAGGUGAAGCUGUUGAGCCGCUGAAAAAUGAGUUUACAAGGCAUCUUGCACUAAAGUUUGUUCUCAGAGCAGGUGUAAACUGUUACAUGAUAUUCUGAUUUGUAGACAUUUCGUGUGAGUUUAUGUUGGUAUAAAUGAAAAAAAAACUUAAAGGAUUUUUAUGUCUGAAAUAAAGCUUUUUUUGGCAAAACUUCAA